GCCACGGUAAAAGCGACGACGCGCGUUUGGCCGACUUAUCGACAAGACAAUAUCGCGUCGACACGGUUUCCGCGGCGGUUGGGUAAACGAAACGAUCCAACGCGCCGACCUCACUCGGGCCGCGAACGCGCCCGCUGAAAUCGCGAACAAAACGCCACCUGCAUCGAUAACGCCUGUCCGUUUUAAACGAAUUGGUGCUGUUUAAUUGAUAGUUCACGGAGGUGCGCAAUAGUUUCGACACCGUCGGCCGGACAUCGACGGGUCUGACGGAAUGAUUGAUCAUACAACAUCGGACUGUAGCUUUCGUGUUACGAUUUCUCGCAGCGGCACGGCGGGCACGAUAAAUUAUUAAUACAAAUAAUAAAAUAUAAACGUUUAAAAGUUAACAACACUGCGGCACGCCGUAAUAGUAAUCACUGAUUGUUAUCAACACUAUUGCUCUUAUCGACGGAAAAAUAAUACAAAUUUCAAAUCAAAUUUAUUCCUAAUAAUUCUAUUCGUUCAACACAAUACACUCGAGUUUUGGUUUAAAUCAAUUUUGAAAAUAAGAAUACUCCAUACUCAAUCCGAUUUACCAUUUAGAAACAACUCGUAAACGAGUAAAAUCAAAAGUGUAACUGUGAUGUCGGAUGCACAGGCCACUCCGAUUGCCUGGCAGUAUGUUUGUUACUCACUGCCAAUUCUUAUACCAAUGUCUGUUUAUGUGUUCAAGAAAUGUUUCGCCAACAAGUAUCGCACACUUAAUUCAAAGGUAAACAUUUAAUUUUCAUUAUAUAUUCAUCAUGAAAUAUGUUAAACUUAUAAAUUAAAAAUUAUGACCUUUACAUGACCUAAGUUUUUUUUACAGACUUUGAACAUUUUUCUUUCUCUUUUAAUCAUAAAAUUUAAGAAUAAUUCAAUUCAUAUGAUUGUACGCUUGUAUUUUUAUUUAGUUGAACAUUAUCUAAUACUCUCUGAAAUAUCUUUAAAUAUUGCAUUAAUUUUUGUUCGUAGGUUGUACUUAUAACAGGUGCUAGUUCUGGAUUAGGAGAGACGUUAGCCCAUGAAUUUUAUUCUCAUGGCUGUGCCCUAAUUUUGACUGGCCGUAGCAGCAAUGAAUUAGAACGCGUCAAAAGUGAUUUAUUAAGCCGAAGUGAUGUAACUAAACAUUUUUAAAGCUUUAACUAACCUAACCUAACCUUCCUAAAACCUGCAUAACUUUAUUUAUAGUUUAACGUUUUUUUUUUUUGUACCUAUAGAUUAAAAAUGUAAACAAGCCAUGUAUUCUUGUUUUGGAUUUAAUUGAGCAGUCGACAAUCGAAGUUGUUAGUCAAAAGGUUUUAGGAGUUUUUGGCCGUGUAGAUAUUCUUAUCAACAAUGCUGGCAUCAGCUAUAGAGGUCGAGCUGAAGCAACGAUGGCCGAAGUAGAUUAUAAAGUAAUGUUGGUCAAUUAUUUUGGUCAAGUUGCUUUAACUAAAGGUACAUUUUUUAACAUUUUUAUCUAUAAAUAUAAUUUUAUAAUUUUACUCGAUAUUUUAUUUUAGCAAUAUUACCUAGCAUGAUUCAUCAUAACAGUGGACAUAUAAUAGCAAUUAGUAGUGUUCAAGGAAAAAUUGCCGUUCCAUUUAGGUAAUAUUAUGUUUUAAAAAUGUAUUUGUAUUACUUCACUAAAUUUAGAGUAUAUACUUGUUUAAAUUAAUUUUAAAUCUUGUGUAAUAAUUAUGUAUAUUUUUUUAGAUCUGCUUAUACUGCAUCUAAACAUGCUCUACAAGCAUUUUUUGAUACUCUUAGAGCUGAAAUUUCACAUCAUAAGGUGAAGGUAACUGUAGUAAGUCCGGGAUACAUUCAAACAAAUUUGUCAUUAAAUGCUUUAACUGGAUCUGGAUCAAAGUAUGGUAGUAAGUAUAACAAAACCUUCUAAAUUAAUUAAUAUAACAGCUAUAUUUACCAAUUUUAUUAAUAUCUUCUAUUUAAUUCAAAUUGAUUGGGUAAUACAUUUUUAAAAAUAUAAGAAUAUAUUUUAUAUUAAAUUUUUAUUAGGUAUAUAUAACUAAAUUUUUACUAUUUAAACAUUAUUUUUAAAUAUUAAAUAGUUAUAGUCAAUAUAAUGUGUUGAAGAAAAAUUCUGUCAGAAACAACCAAGGUGUAUUUGUUUUGAUAGGUGACUUACAUAGACUAAAAGUAAAAAAAAGUUCCUUAAUCUUAGUCUGUUGAUUAAAGUAUAUUUGUUUCUUGCUUUAUAGGUACUAAAUUUAAAACUUGAUGGAUUUUUGAUAAACUUAAAGUUUGGUAUUUAUUCAUUCUCAUUGAGACUAGCACUAUAAUCAGAUUUUUGAUUUAAAAAAAUGGUUUCCACUGUAUGUGGUCAUUGGGAAAAUGAAAAAUUUUUCAUAAAAUGUUUGUAUAACAAUUUCUCCAAGCCUAAAUAAGCAUAAACAAUACUUAUUUCAAAAUCUACUUUUUAUAUUAUAUAGUAGAAACAUCAUAACAGAGCAACAAUUGCAAUAACAAUUGUAUCAAUAUCUUUACUGUACAAUGUUUAGCAAAUAUAUAAGAUUAUAAUGGAAACCACUUUAGUUAAUAAGUUAAACGUUUUAGACAAGAAUUAAGUACCGAAAAUUGACGUAAACGCCUAGACUAAUUUAUUUUUUAUGUCAUAAGUACCUAACCACCAGUAGUAUAAAUUUCAAUAUAUUUUGAUGUAAAAAACAAAUGUUAUUUAAAUAACUUUUUACUCAUUAAUUAUUUACAUUUACAGGACUUGAACAAUAAUUGGCAAAUUUAAUAAAUAUACUAAAAAUAAUUUUCCAAAAACACAAAACUAAAAAAAUAAAAUAUUGAUAAGAAAUAAUACUGAAAAUUCAUAAAGUAUUUUUAUUUUUCUAUUUAUAAAAAAAUUAUUUUUGCUUUUCUGAACAAUUUCAUUUUUGGUCCUUGGUUGUUACUUAUUUUUCGUUUUUAUCCAUUUUCACCCCAUAUGGCUUUAUAGGAAAAAUGUCUAAAUAUUAAAAAAUGCCACAUAUGUAUAAGUAUAGGUUUUAUUCAAAUAUCCUUUAGAUUUUCCGUUUUCCCAAAGUGGUGGAAAAGUGAUUUAUCAAUAUAAAUCAUGACAAAAAAUCAUUAAAUUAUAGCAUUUUUAUAUACUAUUUUUGUAAAACACAAAUGUUAAUAAAAAUAAUUUCUCACAUAUAUAUCAUGAAAUUGAAUAAGAAUAUAAUAUGCUCAUAAAAUAAACUAAAAAGUAAAUAAUAAUGAAAAAUGUUAAUCAAACUAUUUUCUCGCAUUUGCAGGUUGAUUUUUUAAGCAUACUCACUACAUUUUCAUAGUUAAAUUAUGCAUAAAUUCUAACUCUAAUUUUUGGAAUUUUUAUGAAUAUUGAAAGACAUUAUUUUUACAUACUUAGAUUUUUCAAUGCUAACUUUGGUUUUCAAAUGAGAAUCUUUUUGUUUUAAUGCAUAUAAUCAGUCAGAUGAUUAUGCUAAUAAAAAUGUUUGUAUUGUAAUCAAAAUUUGAAUUUAAAGUUUCUGAGUUUUUCUUUUUUAAAUACUAUGUAAGGUUGGUUAAUAGCAUUUUAUGGGGAUCGGAUAGCCAUUGUUUCAUAGUUUUGUAUAAGCAAUUUCUUGUUUUUAUUUAUGCAGUUAUCAAAAAACCAGUUUUAUAGUAGUAUCCUUUAGUAUUUAACUCAGAAACUUCUUAUUUAAAUUUCCAUUAUUAUAAUUCAAAAUAUUUUCAAAAAAAACAUCUGAUUGACAACGUACAUUAAAACAUGUAGGUUUUCAUUUGAAAAACCCAAAGUUGGUAUUGCACUAUUGCCACAGGAUACUCCUUAAAUAUAGUGGACAAUUUAAUACACUUUACAAAAGAUUUCUAAAAAUCAGAAUUUGAAUUUAAACAUAAUUUAACCAUUUAAAUGUAAUCCACAUGCUUAAAAAAAAUCAUGUAGGGUUAUAAUAUGGCUGAAAUCUAACGUUGAUGUAUCAAUGACAUCUAUGAUAAACAAGAAUACAGCCUGCAAAUUUAUUGUUUAUUUGAUAUGUCUAUUUUGAUUUAAUCUACACUGGGACAGGAAUAUUAUGAAUAUUAUAUAAAAGUGCAUGAGCAAAUAACACUAUCAAAUUUAUGUUUAUUACCACUUAAUAGUUCAUAAUAAUUAUAAUAAUUUAUAGUACUUUUAGUUAUAUGAUUUGAAAUUUGAUAAACCAAAUUGUUUAGCCUGGAGGUACAAAUAAUACCAAUUAAUUUUGGAGAAAGUAUCAUUAGUUACAACUUAUAACUGUAUUAUAAUAUCUCAAUUAAUUUAUGGUGAAAGUGAAUUAUUAGAUGAUAAAUCAUUUAACAUAUUUGUAACACUCUGUUCUGUUACUUAUCUUUUAUUUUCAUGAGUUUUAUAUAAUUUAAAUAUUAUAAAUGUUAAUUUUGUUUAUAAUUCAAUUUGGACUGUAAGUAUUUAAUUUUUUUCAGUUAUGGACGAAUCUACAAUGUCUGGUUACUCUGCUGAAUAUGUUGCUCAACGAAUUGUGGAUGCUGUUGUUAAUGACGAACAAGAAGUUAUCAUAGCUCCAUUCUAUGCCCGUUUAGCUAUUGGGUUACGUUAUGUAUGGCCACGUUUUUAUUUUUGGAUUAUGAAAUGUAGGGCCGACCGACAAGCUAGUCAGAAAAUGUAGGAUUCAAGGAUUCCCUGCCAUCAGACGGACGAGCGUCGGCUACAGCCUGUUAUCGUCGGCAUACGGGAAUCUCACAUUUGACAAAAAGCCAGGUCAGUCAACUAGACUUCUAGAAUUAGAUAUUGUUAUUUUUUGAGUACUUAUAAUUUUGUAUUUUUAACAUUAUAUCUAGUUGUUAGUGAUGCACAGUUUUACAUAAAUUAUUAAUUUAAUGUAUACAUUUUCAAUUGUUACAUUUACAUAAAACUCCAACUUUUUAUGGACAAUAUAAUGGUUAUUGUUUUUUGAUAAGUUAAAUUUUUUGUAAAGAAAGUCAUUAAACUUUGGGAUUUGUAAUGAUUAAUAUGAUUAAUAUAAAUGUAUAUAAAAUAUAAAGUGAGAAUAGUUAAAGCUCUUUAAAGAUUAGUUAUUAGAUUAAUUUAAAAUUUAAUUUCUAGGAAUAUUAUCAAUGCUAUUUGUUCUCUUAUAGUACUCAUUAUUCAAAAUCAGGGAAAAAUCAAAUGAAUUAUAAAUUAAUACUACUAAUGAUAUUUCAAUCUGAUUAAAUAACAAUUUGUCAAAUAAGAUGUGUCUGAUUUCAGUUUUAUUUAGUACAAAUAUACUUUGUUCAAUUUAUUAUGUUAUUGCACAAUUAGGUAUAAAAUAAUAAUUAAUAUUGAAGUUCAAUAAAUUUAUAUUUCAUUUAUUUUUAUUUUUCUCGUAAAAAUCUCAUUAUAUAUUAUAUUAUAUUGAUGAUUUAUUCUAUACUUGUCUUUUUUAUGACAACAUAUAAUACCUCUCAUUAAUAUUUUAAUUUAAUAUAGGUUGUUAUUUAAAAUAUGAUCUCUUUCACUUGAUCUUAAAUUGCCUCGUGAGUUGUGAAAUAAAUAUAAUAAUUUGUGUUUAAUAUUAUACACAAAAUGUAUACAAUUGUGAUUUAUAAUAUUACAUACUUUUGCAAAAGAGAUCAAAAUAAAUUGUAUACAUAAACAAUUUAUAUUUAUUAUUAAAAUAUAAAUUAUUUCAUUGAGAUAUAUUUAUAUAUUUAAAUGUUGUUCAAAGCCUAAAAUUAAUGAUUAAAAAUAUGAGCUUUUAAUAUAGGUUAACUAAAUAAGGAUAAAUUAUUAGGUAUUGACUUUUAAUUAUUUACUGUGCAUCACUGACUAAAAUAGACCAUUGAUGACUCACAAUGAGUGGUGACACGAAGUAGUUACUCAUAAAAUAUACAUUGUAUGUAUUAAAGAAGGGAUAAUAAGAAGUGUUCAUUUUGUAUUAGGCGAUAGAUAUUUUGAGUGAAUUCAAAAAGAAACAUUUUUAUUACUAAAUAUUAAAAUAUUUAUGUAAAUAUUGAAAAUUAAAUAUUUAAAAAAUAUCAUGCCUUGAAAAAAGUUCGUGUCAUCACUGCUGUCUACUACUACUAUUAGUGUAGACAGUUUAUGAUUUUUUUAUUAUUAUUAUUAUUAUUAAUGUAUAUUCCUGAAGAUUUGAAUACUAUGACAUUCUAAAGUGUGAUUUCUAUAACGUGUCAGACUAGUGCGACUAACGCAACAUAAGAAAGUUUCUUUUGAAAUGUUAUUCGUGUGAGGUCUAGUAGAAGUUUUGAAAAAUGAUAAAUUCAAAAUAAGUUAAAAUUGUUUUCACAUUUAAAAGAUAGAGGAACAGGAAAUUUUAGUAGAAAUGCUAGUAGAGCAGGGGAACAAAAAUAAAAAUCCUUUGUUUGUAUUUAAACUUUUUUAAAAUAUUAACUUUACCGGAAUUUAUUUCAUGAUAACGAAAAAUUCCAGGAGUUUUUAUGUUAAAUAUUGGACCAACUAUAUCCUAAUUUAGUUACCACUUCUAAAAGUUUUUUCUUAGGAAAGAAAAAAAAAGUAUUUUUACAUUUUAGUAUUAUUAUGAGUAUUUAUUAAUGUGGUACUUGUAGCUACACUGACUGUCCCCAAAUUAUUUAAUUAAAUUUAUCUAUUAGAUAACAUAGAAGUAGUAUAAUGUAUCAGAUGUAUAGCGUUGGCCGCAUACAUGUCUGGCGUGUCAUAGGAAUCACUAGGUUUAUAUAAAUGAAAAGUUUUUAAACAUUGUUUUAGAUUUAGAGUUUAUUAAUUACCACCAUUUUUUUUUCACAUAAAAAUAAUUGCAACUAAUUCUUUUGAUGAAAGUUAAAUUAUAAUUUAAAUGAACUUUCUUUUUUUUUUUUUAUAAAAUUAAUUUUUAUUGAUAUAUUUUGGUUGCUUAAAAGUGGUGCUUGUUGUUACACAUUUUGUGUUCUUUUUUAUUACAUUUUGACAAUAUUUUUACAAACUUUUACCACGUUUUUUUAUAAUUGAUCACUUAAAAAUUUGAUUGUUGGCUAUUUACAAAAAAAUUUGAGUGACAACAGCGUAUCGACAAUUACAUUUUAGAAAUCUUAUAAUAUAGCUCAUAAUAUAUAAUAAGUAGUUCUUCUGACUUCUGUCAAUUAUUUAUGUAUACUUAAUAGUGAGUUGUUAAUAUUAUAGUUUAAACCUUAUUACUGUUAAACAUUGUUAGUUUUUUUUAUUUAGAAUAACUUUUCUAGUUAAUUUUAGAUUAUCUAUUUAUUUAAAUAAUUAAGAAAGAAUACCAUAGUAGAUAAAAAAAAUCAAUGUGUGCAAUUAUGUACAAGGAUAAAUUUAGAUGUUUAUUAUUAUUGUUGUUUUUUUUUUUUUUAAAUAUUUAUGUAAUUGUAUUUUGUAGCAAUCAUAUAAAUGUAGUACUUAAUACUAAAAAAAAAUGUAUUGAUGAAAACUGAGAAAAACUAGUGUACAUUCUCAUAUGUAAUUGUUACGCUUAACAUAUCUUAUAAAUUGUUGUCUAGUUUUAAUAAGGUUUUCUUAAUGGUUGAAAAAACUAAUUGACAAAGAACUUUUGAGUUGAGUAAUACAAAUUAUUAUAAUAUGUAAUUGGUAAAUGUAGGUUUUUUUUAUACAUUAUGUUUAAUUAUUUUCUAUGUUGCUUUUUGUAGAUCAUUUUUUUUUAAACUAUCAAGCACAGAUAUGUAACAUUAAAACGUCCAUUGUUCUAACAUCAAACAUUCCUUUUUUUUUAUAGAAAAAUAUGUUUUAUUAUUGAAAGCUACACAAACACAAAGUUUAAUUAAAUAUAGAUUGCAAUUUAUUAUAAUAUACAAUUUUUAAUAUUGAUUUGUUUUCUAAAAAUUAUUAUUUUUAACAAUAAAUCACAUACAAUUUUAUUGUAGAUAGUAAAAUGUUGAGAAAUUUACUUUGUAUUUUUUUUUUCUCAGUCUAUUCAUUAAUAGGUUAACCUUAUGUCAGUCUGUAAAAAAAAAAAAACAAACUACAGACAAUGAAAUUCGUAAUAUUAUACAAUAGGUACCUAGAAUUAUAAUAAUGUGAAACUACUUCCACGAAGAAGCAAUAUUAAUAGUAUAUAGUAUAGUCUAUGUAAAAUAUAACAGCUUAGAUUUUAAAAUUAACUCCAUUGAUAUUUUGGCAUGCUACGUUCACCCUUAAACCAUAGAACGAUAAUAGGUAGUUUUAGAUAUUAGUUAAACCUUUAGUUGGAAACUAAAUUUCCAUUAGAUGAAAAUUUAAAUUUAUUUGUUGCCUUAAAAUGAAACUUAUUUUUUCUAUACAUUUCAAAUUUUUUAUUGUUAAAAUAUUUUACAAAUCAAUUAAUUGUUGGUGUUCGUAAUAAUUACUAUAGGUACGAGAUUUAAAAUAAAUUAUAGAGCUCAUGAAAAAGAAAUAUAAGAAAUUAUCACAUUUAAUAAUUUUUAAAUUAAUAAAUUAAAUUCAUACAAAACAACAAUCAUUGAUAAAACAUUUUUUUUUUAAUGGUAAACGAACAUGAAAAAUGUUUAAAAUAUAAAUGUUUUGCAUAACCAAGUUUUUAUUCUAAAACGUUUGACACCUAUUUAGAUGUUUGAGAUGUACUCGUUCAAUUAUUCAGAACUAUCAAGAUUUUAAAGAAGUUAUUUCCACAAAAAAUAAUAUUUUAAUUUAUUAACUGUAACAUUAUAAUAAAUUAAGAAUUAUGAAAAUUAAAGUCGAUUUAAAUUGUUUUAUUCAAUUAUGUAAUACAAAUAACAGACCAGAAAAAUAAUUAAAAUGAUAAUGUGAAUAAGAAAAAUAUUAUUUAAAUCGGUAAUUAAAACUUUGCUAGGUUUAAUGAAAUUGGGAAAAUAAUCAUGUGUUCAUUAUUAUCUGUUUUACAUUUAAAAAAUAAUAAUUUAUCACUUAAAAUGUCUAUUAUUUAAAUUGUUUUUUUUUCAGUUAUACAACUUUUUGAAAAAUAAAAAAAUAUUUAACUUAUUUCUUUUUUUAAAUCAUGUCAUAAAAAUUGUUUUGAUAUUUUAACAAUAUAAAGCAGAUAUUUUGAAAUAAUAUAAUUAAUUUGCAUUGAAUGUAAAUGCAAUUAAAACAUAAAGUAGGAUUAACAUACCUACUUUAAUCUCAAGAAGAAAACUCUUAGGUACUGUUAUUCAAAACUAUAACAUACAAUAUACAAUCAUAAGUUGUUAUAUAAAAUAAAAUUGAGUGUACAUUUAAUAAAAUAGUAUUUUAAAAUUUGAUAACUAUUUCCUUGGUACCAUCACAUUUCCAAAAAACUUUGAUCUCAAUUGGAGAGGUUAUUUGCAGUAUUCAUACAAUUUCCAAAUACAAUAGACAGUUGACAAAACAGUUAUCGAAGUGUGUACGAUUUUCCUUUUUGUAUCACUGCCACGUUCAAUAACCACAGGCAAUGGUGGAGUGUUGUCUUGUUUUUCAAGUGACUUCAAUCUUGGGUCUUUAUGCACUUGAUACUUGCAACAUGGAUCAAACUGCCAUGAUAUCAUGUACAAUCCAGUGCAUACAAAUGAAACCAUACACAAUGGGCCAUACACAAAUGGCUUGGAAGGCCCAAAAUAAGCUAUUUUGAG